AUGGCGGGUCACAAGUCAACGGGGGAAGCGUCUCGUGUCCUUGCAAAGGUCAUGUGGGGCACAGCAACCACCAGCAAUUCAGACGCUGUUGGGAAGACCAACACUCUGCCUGCUGCCCAGGGUCCACCCUCUCACAGGCUAAAUACCAGUUCAGCUUCCACACUGGACAUGUCCUUUAAACUCCUAGGAUUUCUUGAUGUUCAAAGUGUCCCAUGUGCACGAGAAUCAGUGCUGUAUGGCUCCCUAGGAUCUUUUGUUGUGGGUCUUGGAUAUUUUUUAGCAACUAGUAGAGUUAGAAGAUCUUGUGACUUUGCAGUUGGUGGCUUUAUUUGCACAAUGUUAGGAUACUGGGUUUACUGCAGGUACAACUUGGCCCAACAAAGGAUCCGACAAAGAAUGAUUAAAGAAGGAAUGAGAAACAAAAUUGUAUUUGAAGGCAGUUCUUUUGAUCCAGAAAGAAAACAAACUGGCAAUGAAAGAAGCGAUUCAUAG